AUGGCAAGCGACAUCUUGGACAAUGUCGAUGCCUUCAUGAAAGAGUUAGAAAACACAUCGGUUUCACAUCACCACGAUCAUCACUCACAUCACGGUUCUCAUGAUCACUCAGCGCACAGCAGUCAUGCCAGCCAUGGUGGCCAUGGUGGUCACGGUGGACAUGAGAUGAAGAUGUGGUUCCAUGGAGGAUGGAACGAAGUGAUUUUAUUCGAUUUUUGGCGUAUAGAUUCGUUACUUGGACUUAUUUUAUCAUUUAUUUGUAUAUUUGUCAUGGGAGCGAUGUAUGAAGGUAUUAAAUGGUUUCGAGUAUACCUACAGAUGAAUGCAUCGAGAGAAAUGUGUAAGCAUGAAAAGAGUAUACGUCUCGAACAUGUUAAUCAUCAAGAUAAGACGUUUACAAUCCAACCACAACUCCACCAACUGUUACAUCAAAAACCCAUAAUCGCCGCGAGAGCCCAUUUACUCCUUCGUCUGCGUGCUCUUCAAUACGACUCAUUCAAGCAUCACUUAUAUGUUUUUCAACUUGUGCUUGCCUACUGGCUCAUGUUGAUUGUCAUGACCUACAAUACAUGGCUAACCAUCGCCGUUAUAUUGGGUGCUGGUUUUGGUCACUGGCUGUUUGCAGUCCUGAAGAUUCAAGAUCCCGCUGGCGAAACGGCUGACUCAUUUGCAACUGAUGCUUGCCAUUGA